AUGGAUAGAUACCACAGAGAGCCAGACGAGCUUAAUGAAAAUGAUACCAUUCUUGAGAAAUACUACACACACGGCAAUAAAGAAUUUGUAGAAACAAACAAAACAUCAGAGAUUAACUUUCUAAACUUUCUGGUAAAGGAAAUUCCCUAUGAGUACAAGCUUAAGAAACUAAGAACUAGGAAGAGCCCGCACGACCCAAUAGGAUCUGAAAUAGACGAUGGCCAUCGCUUUAGAAACACUGUUUCGAUAACAAAAUCCGGAACAUCAACCAUCCAGUCCCUUUCUAGUUCCUCAAGACAUAUAGGGAUUCGUGAAUUUCUGAAAAAGAAACAGCUAGAAAAUGAAAUUAAAAAUCAAUAUGAAAAUGCAUUUGGAAGCCUAAAACCGGCUGAUGUUAUGCCUAUUGAGGUAAUCGAUUGGGAAGAUGAUGUAUUUAACAAAUCAGAAGAAACUUCAAUCUCAACCAAGGAAUAUGUUAAUGAAUUGCUAGAAAGCGGAUGGGAAAAGCACAUAACUAUCGAUCCUAAUGAGAUGCCAGUGCAAAAGCCUUAUCUCACCCUAUAUAUUGAUGAUCCCAACCUCAUUUUUGAGAAAAUUGAAGAAAAGAAAGCAAAAAUAAAAAAGAAGUCACAUAAAAUAGGAUCGCUUGAUAAGCCCCUUAAAAACAAGUAUAAUAUCAGCAAUGAUAAAUAUUAUGUUUCUGAAUCAAAGAGCAAGGUAUCCUUGGGUACAUUUGGUGUUCAGCACUCACUGCCUGCGCUCAGAUUAGAUCCCAGAUUCUAUAAAACCAACCAUACGAAAGAAGAAUUGAGAAACUUUCACCGUCCCCCGAUAUGUAUUAAGAGUGCGCUUUCCUUUAAGGGGCCAUCAUCAUCCAAGUUUGCAGGCAAUAUUAUUAAAAAGGCACACGAGCUAUCUCUUUCAGAUUCCACGCCAUUCAAAAUAUUCGAAUAUUUCGAAGAGUUUCCAUUUUUUGUCGUAAAUCCAGGCAUGGUUAGCUUAAUGAGUACAUACUACAGAAAGAUGGACUCGAUUGAUGAGCCCACCAUUGAUGGAUGCACUGUUCUUGAAGUAGAAGAUGAGGCACCAUUCUAUGGGUUUGGGAAUAUUAAGCCAGGAACCUAUGUGCCUACUCUUGCCAAUAAUCUUUUUAUCGCACCCAUUGCACCACACAAAUCAUCGGACUUUCUGUGCAUUAUUGACGAUGAUAGAAUCGUUAUGCGACCCAUUGAUAAUAUCUAUCUGGUUGGCCAGGAAUUUCCCAAAGAGGAAGUGUAUGCGCCACACUCUCGAAGAUUAAAUCAAUUCUGUAAGGAUCGGCUGAAGGUUGCAGCAUAUCGUAUAUUUUCAAAAGGCAAAGAUCUGCAAAUGCAACAGCUGGAUCUGAUGUUUCCAUACUUUUCAGAAGGUAGCAAGAGAAAAUGGCUUAAAGAGUACAGCGACUGUGUAAAAAAGGGGAAGAUAAUCUAUGGACUCUUAAAGACUCGUUUUCUAUUAUAG